AUGGGCCCACCGCCCCCGCGCGCAGCGGGCAAGGCCUCCGACGCUGCUGCGAGCGCUGGGAGGUCCAGAACGCCGCCGCCUCCGAAGGCCCGACCGCCUCCGUCGAGCUCGGGCGCGUCCGCGGCCCCAGAGACGCAGAGGCAGGCCGGCAAGAAGCAGCCUAGCGGCGACAACUGCCAGUGCGGCCUCUGCAAGGCGUUCGCCAAGGGCGGCGAGCCGUGGGCGCUCGGGGAGAUGGCGAGGAAAGCGCUGGUCCUUGUGGAGGUGGCGAUCGGGCCGAAGUGCGAGGAGUGCUUCUCUAUUCACGAGGACGGCUUCUCCCACAUGGAGUGGGGCGCGUUCUGCCGGGCGAACCAAUCUGACGAACAGGUCAAGGCGGACAUCGCCGCCGCCAGGAAGGUGCACAACAAGCAGGGGCCGCCGCCGACCCCCGUGCAGGAGGUCCUCGAGCGCACCGACCACGCGAUCGAGUCCAGGAGGUCUUACAUCGUCUUGACGGAGAGCGACUUGAGGAAGGCGUUGCAGACCAGGCGCCUCGCGAAGGAGAGCACUAAGAGCUUGUACACCGCACAGGUGCCGAAGGAGGGUGAGGAUGUUUGGGAGCUGGGGUAUAGGUUCGUGAAUCCGAACAUGCCGUGCAGGACUGUGGAUAUCAUAUCCCGCACAGGCGUUGGGCGCGACAACUACAUCAUGGACAGAGACAAGCAGUUGUGGAAGAACCAACACACGGUCAUUUGCUCAAGCAAGUCGCGCCUGAUGCAUGACCAGGCGGGCGUGCUCACCAUCCUGGAGAAGGACAGGGAUGGCUUCAUGAAGACGCUGGAUGAGUUCUUGGAGUCCAAGGGGGCCAAGGGCGAAGGAGUCGGCGACGGCGCUGACGCGGCGAUGCCGGAUGGCAGCGCUGCCCUCGCGGACGUUGCCGCCGCUUCCGACGACGAGAGCGAGGGCGCGGAGUUGGUCGGCCGUGCGGCUGGCCCAUCGUCAAGCCCGCCCGUGCGCCUCUCGGGCAAGUCUUCUCCAGCACAGCCGUCGCCGUCGCCGCCGGCAUCGCGCGUGGGUGGCCCGCUGAAGAGGCUCAAGACCUUCGGCGCCUCGGCGAUCUCCGACGCCGCCUCGGCUGCUGGAGAUGAGGCCCAAUCCAAUGCUGGGGCCUCCGAGCUGUGCAUGCUGGCCCCCGCAGGCACGGGUGCACUCGACCAUGGGAAAUCGAAGAUCAGCUUGGCCAUGGUGAUGAGCGGCCAGGUCGACGGGGGGACGAUCAGCGCUUGCAAGAAGGCGGCCGCGAGGAUGACCCAGAGCGAGGACGAUGCCGUGAAGGCGGAGGCGCAGUUGCUCAACAACUUCAUCAAGACGAUCGUCGCGGCGCAGUGCCUCCAAGUACAGAACAUGCCGACGUGUUUCCCCGACGACUUGAAGCUGUACGUGCGGAAGAUGGUGGGGGAGGAUGUCAUAUGGCCCUUGCCCAACAUGGAGAAAUUGCUUCACCUUCGAUUGGCGGAUCUUCAAAAGCUUGGCGACAUGAAGGCUUUGUUCGAUGCGUUGGAUCCCUUCAGCAGCUCAGUCAAUGGCAAGUUCGACCCUGAGUGCCCUCGGCUUGCCGACGCCCCCCUUCCGAUGGCCUCCAAGACGAAGCUGCUCGUCCACAUCUCCAUCGAGACCCUUUUCCUCGGGAUGAUCGGCAAGGGCGCGGACUCCCAGGGCCAGGUGAAGACUUGCGCGACGAUCUGCAUCGACAAGUUCGAGGAUGUGGACCUGGUGUGUUUGGACGGCCCCUCUGGCGCGUGCAUCUCGGAGUGCCUCGACGCGUGGAGGGCAGUAUUGGGGCUGGUGUCGACGUCAUUGGACCCAUCGUUGGAGGGCGCGUGA